AGGCGUGAAACUGACUCAAAACAAACGGUCAUCCGUUGCCCAUGUGGUUUAUUUGUAGUUCAUGAUGGAUCUUCCGUGUGUCCAGUGGCAAGAUCAUGUUGCACAGAAAUGGACCGUACUCGACCCCGAGCUAAAGGAAAAGUUCAUAUCCCUGCUUGAAAUAGAUGAUGUUUUUAAAUGUACCCUAACUCUGACAAACCAAGAUGAUCUGGACUUCUUGCAGUCAAUCUCUGCAGGAUACUCUGUACAGAAGGAUGCAGAGCAAGCAGCAAUAUGCAGGGAGAGGGGCAACUCUUGUUUCAAGACCAGAGACUACACUGCAGCCGCUCUGCACUAUUCACAGGGCAUAUGUUUAGCUCCUCUAAGUUCUGAGCAGCUGUCUCUAUGUUAUGCCAACCGCUCUGCUGCGCUCUACCAUCUGCAGCACUACCAGGAAUCCCUUGAUGACAUUGAAGGAGCUCUGAAGAACAGCUAUCCCUCUCAUCUUUCACACAAACUAGAGGACCGUCGCACACAAUGCCUCAAGCAUCUCGCCGUGGAUCAAAAGGCAAAAGAGGAUCAUCCUAAUUCUGCCUCAAAGAAUCAUAAAGAUCCAGACAAAGUAAAAGGGGAAUCUGUUGGACCUCUCACAUUUGGGAUUUGUCCUCAAGCUGCUGUUGGCUUCAGCCCGGAGAAAGGUCGACACCUUGUGGCUGCAGAGAGAAUAGCAGCAGGGGAGGUGUUCCUUCAUGACAGGCCAUACAGCUGUGUCCUUAUACCAGGGAUGGAGGAGGUGAAAGAGAAUGGAGGAAGGCAGGAUGCAGAGAGAGGAGUGUUGCUUGGAGUGGAACACAGGCGCUGUCACAGGUGUUUAACUGAAACUCUGUGUCCUGUGCCGUGUGAGGGCUGCAGCUACAGCCGAUACUGUUCAACUUCCUGUCAGCGAGACGCUUGGGAGGAACAUCACCGCUGGGAGUGUCCACUGGGAGCAGAUCUGAUGGUGAUGGGUGUGAUGUCACAGCUCGCUCUGAGGGUAACACUAAAGGCGGGGUUAAAAAACAUCCAAAUGGCCAGUGAUCCAAUCCGAGACGAGCACACAAAGCCAGAGGCAAGCGGCCUUAACGGAGAGUCCAGGGAUUCAAAUCAACCCGAUCCUUUCGCUUCAUACUACGGUGACUCUUACCCGAGCGUGUUUCACUUAAGGCACCACCUGGAUCACCACAGCCCUGGUGUGCGUUUCCUGUGUGCGCUUACCGUAGCAACACUGUACCUAAAGCUCAGCAAGGCAGGACCUCCUCCUGCCUCCUGGGACAUUAGCAGACCCUUAGGGGCGAACAGCCAAUCACCAGACAAGGAGGGAGGUCUCGCAAAUUGGAGCUCGGAGAUGUGGCUACUGGGAAGUGCAGUCCUGAGGCACAUCCUGCAGCUAAGGUGUAACGCCCAGGCAAUCCUCAUGUUGCAAGAUACAGGAACGGCAAACUCACCAGUGCAGUCCAGAAGGGAAAUUCGCAUUGCGACGGCAAUAUUCCCAAGUCUCAGUCUCCUGAAUCACUCCUGCUGUCCCAACACCAGUCUGGUGUUCAGCACUGGAACCAGUCUGUCUGCAGAAUUCAGUGACAGUGUGGCUGAGUACAGAAGCACAGACUGUGGAGUCACUGUCACUGUCAGAGCAGCCAAAGUUAUCACUGCUGGACAAGAGAUCCUGCACUGCUAUGGUCCUCACAGCAGUAGGAUGGUGACCCUAGAACGCCAGCGUCUGCUGCAGGAACAGUACUAUUUCCUUUGUCAGUGUGAGGCCUGCAGUCUGCAGAAGCAGCAACCGGAAGAGGAGGAAGAGGAGGGUUCAGAGGGCAGACAGCAGUGCUCAGAUGUUGGAGUGGGUCCACAGUCUGGACUUCUGUGUGGGAAAUGCAAAGCAUCCCUCAAAAAAAGCAGCAGCGACAGAGGGAUAGGAUUUAUGUGUUCGCAUUCAUCCUGUGGUCAUCGUAUAUCUUCAUCUGAAGUGAGCCACAGGCUGCAGGAGAUCAGGGUCGGUCUGGAGAAGGCUGUGGACCUCAUGGAAAGAGAGAGACCAGAUGAGGCUCUGAGACUGUUGACAAAGACCCAGAGUCAGUCUGGACUGAUCCUUGCAGAGUUGCACCCACUACACGGGGAGCUCGCAGAUGCCACGGCCAGAGCAUAUGCUACAAUGGGUGACUGGAAUAAUGCUGCAUCACAUCUGGAGAGAAGCGCUGUAGCUAUUGGCUUCCAGUACGGAGAAGACAGUAUUGAAUUGGGUAGACAACUCUUCAAAUUAGCUCAGCUACACUUCAACGGUGGUGCCAGAGGCCCAGCCCUCGCCGUCAUCCCCACGGUCAGACAACUCCUCUGCCUUCACGGUGGCCCUCACUGUCAAGAAUUACAGGAGCUGCAAGCUAUGGAGGACUGUCUACGAGAAUAGUCUUGCAUAUACACAAGAGCGGAAAUCUUUACAAUAUAAUUAUAGUUUUGAAAUCAGUCAAUGUGAUUGAAAAUAUGUGAACGUUUCUAUUUUUGGACCAUGUAUUUGUAUGUAGUAAGAAAUUGAUAUGUAACUGUUUAUACACACUUGUUUGUAUGUAUAUAUAUAUACAGGUACUUUUACACUGAUAUACAGUACAUCAUUCUUCUGUUUUAGAAGCUACAUGCAAGUCUGCAAAGUUUCUAACUGGCCACAGGUAUACAUUCAUUUGAUUGGGGCUCUCUGACCUCUUGGUGUCCGAAAGUAUCCAUUAAUAAUCUCAAUGUCAUGCUUCAGUGGUAGUCUGGCAUCAGAUCCACCAGGUUACAUGUACUCCUCUAAAUGAAACCACAUUAAAUGGCUGUGUUUUUCUUGA